AUAUAUCUACCUACUCUUCCAUAAUUCACUCAUCAUAGUAAUCUUUCUUCAAACCAAAAAAAAAAAUAUGGCAGCUUCAGCCUCAUCCAUGAUAUCAACUCAUGCAUUAACAACCACCAUUCAAAAACACAAAACUCACAAUCUCAAGCCAUCAAGCUUAUCCUUCCAAGGUUUCAACCCUCUCACAAGGUCAACAAAAGUCAACACAUUCACACCAAGCAAAAAGAGAUUUUCAAGUCUUGUUGUCAAAGCUGAACUCAACCCUUCACUUGUGAUAAGCUUAAGCACUGGUCUUUCAUUGUUUUUAGGAAGGUUUGUGUUUUUCAACUUCCAAAGAGAAAAUGUAGCCAAACAAGGUUUACCUGAGCAAAAUGGUGUGACACACUUUGAAGCUGGUGACAAACGUGCUAAGGAAUAUGUUAGCUUGCUUAAAUCCAAUGAUCCUGUUGGUUUUAACCUUGUUGAUGUUUUGGCUUGGGGUUCUUUAGGUCAUAUUGUUGCUUACUAUAUCUUGGCUACUUCUAGCAAUGGUUAUGAUCCUAGUUUCUUUGGUUAAUAUUUUCUUGUUGUUUGUUUCCUUUAUGUUGUUUUAAUAUCACUUUAAUUUAUCCAUAUGUAAUGUGAUGAUGUAUAGUUUAUUUGUAUGAGAGAGAUCCAACAAGUUUCACUACCUUGGAUUGAAUAUGCUAAUUUUAUUAGUUAUUGGAACUGCAAUUUGAUUUGGAUAAAAGCUUCUAUAUGAUCAAUGGAAAAUGAAUCUUUUUUCUAUAUUAAA